CUUCCUCCAGCGCGGCGCGCUCCCGCCUUCUCCACUUUCCGGGUCGCUCUCACGUGUUUUCUGUGUAUAAAAGGGUCCCAGUCUGCGCUCAUCAUGUCUAGCGGGUCACCAGACAAACGCAGAAAGAUGGAGUCGGCCCUCAACCAGCUAAAGAAGCUCACCGUGGUGGUGGCGGACACGGGAGAUUUUAACGCCAUCGAUGAGUAUAAACCUCAGGAUGCAACCACUAACCCAUCUCUGAUCCUGGCGGCGGCUAAGAUGCCAGCCUACCAGCCCCUUGUGGACCAGGCCAUUAAAUAUGGCAUUGCUAAAGGAGGAACUGAAGAGGAGCAGGUAACCAACACCAUGGACAAGCUGUUUGUGAGCUUCGGACUGGAGAUCCUGAAGAAGGUCCCAGGCAGAGUCUCGACGGAGGUGGAUGCCCGAUUGUCUUUUGAUAAAGAGGAGAUGCUGAGAAGAGCUUUGAAGCUCAUUGCUCUUUAUGAAGAGGCAGGCAUCAGCAAGGAGCGUGUGCUCAUCAAACUGUCUUCAACAUGGGAAGGAAUCCAGGCUGGCAAGGAGCUUGAGGAGAAGCACGGUGUUCACUGCAACAUGACGCUGCUAUUCUCCUUCGCUCAGGCUGUUGCGUGUGCAGAAGCAAAGGUCACGCUCAUCUCGCCCUUCGUUGGACGCAUCCUUGACUGGUACAAGGAGAACACAGACCGUAAAAGCUUUGAGCCCCAUGAAGACCCAGGUGUGAUAAGUGUGACCAAGAUUUACAACUACUACAAGAAGUUUGGCUACAGCACUGUUGUGAUGGGCGCCUCCUUCAGAAACUCUGGGGAAGUGAAGGCCCUGGCUGGUUGUGACCUGCUCACCAUCUCCCCUGGACUGCUGGCAGAACUCAGCCAGGAUCACAGCGCCGUCACUGCAAUGCUCAGUGUGGAGAAAUCCAAGGCGUGCGAUCUGGAGAAGAUCCACCUGGAUGAAAAGGCUUUCCGCUGGCAGCACAAUGAGGACCGCAUGGCCGUGGAGAAAUUGUCUGAUGGCAUCCGCAAGUUUGCUGCUGACGCCAUCAAGCUGGAGACUAUGAUCAAAGAGAAGAUGCUAAACGUAAAAAAUGGCCAGUGAUGGAAGGAUCCGGUGUCUCCAGCUGCAGUCGAUGAGGUCCAAAGAGGAUGCCCUCUUUGUCCACAGAUGCCUAGCAGAGGUGCCGGAGGAACCUCCUCUACCCUCUUCUCAAACUCCAGGGACCAGCCUCCUUAAUAAACACCCCUCCUCUCUGAGGGUGGGACUGUUUUCUGACCAAAUAUAAAUGAUUAUUAUUGCUUCAGUGGGUGUUGGAUGAUUUUAAUAUUUAAAUUUGCCCAGAAAAGUGAUUUUAAUUUUGAAAAACAAAUUUCUUGUGUGAUUUCAUGACUUGAAGGGACUAAAGACACUUUUUGGCAGUAUAAGAAAACAAUGUUUUUUCUGAACUCGGAUAUUUGCUCUAAACCACGUCUUAAAGGUAAUUGCACCGUUAUUUCUUAAACUAAUAAAGUUCACUCCUGAUGAAAAUCA